CAGCCCAACCAGUACGGAAUGCUCUGCAGCUCCAAAACGCGGCUCUCUCCUUCUUGGCCCGAUUCCUAAGGGUCUGCUCCAUCUUCUGCGCCAAAGUUGAGAGCACUACCAUCUUGCAGUGACCUCUUUGACGUCUCCGCCGUCCCUCUUCAACCACUCCGCUGAGCUCCCUCCACCCGCAGUGUCAUCCACGCUCGCCGCUGUCGCUCGUUCAACGCCUCUGCAGUCUUUCCGCGGCACCUGCUUCCAGGAAUCCGAGAACUGGAGAAAGAGAUCGCCAGGGCUAUAGAACCCACCUCUGUGUUCGGGCGUGAAUAGGAGGUAUCAGGCCGCGCUUUGCUGUCGAGGAUGGCGUUCGGCGUCCGCGGAGCGAGGACGAAGGUCGCGCCAUCAAAGUAUCCAAAGGUGCCUUUCCACGGCUUGCGAUGCGCGCAGCUGGUCUCGUCGCUCAUCGUCGGCGGCAUCAUGACGUUCUUUAUCUACCACCUAACACACGACAACUGGAAGACGCCGUGGACCUUUAUCUUCUUCUGUGCCGCGUCGAUGUUCACCAUAGCCGCACUUGCGCUCACCAUCGUCCUGCACUUCUUCACGGGCUUGAACCCGCGCUUCAAUCUCACCGUCAACAGCGGCCUGUUUGCGCUGUGGGCGGCCGGGUUCGGCAUGCUGAGCUGGUGGGCUAGCAAGACGCUGUUCCACUCGUGCGACGCCGAGAACGUCAUCGGCAAGGACGAGAACGGGCGCAUGGUGUGCCGGACAUACAAGGCUUUGUACGCCUUCGCCGCGCUGGGAUUCAUCUCCACGCUCCUCGCGCUUCUGCUCGACGUCUACGUCUUCCGCCAGGCCAACCGCCUGGGCAAGUAUCAAAACAUGAGCAGCGGCGCCGGUGACCACCACCGCGACGUCAAGCACCCCGAAGCCGACGAUGCCGACCACGAGAUGGCCGGGUACAACGGCCAGGAGAUGCCGGCCGUGUCCAAGUCCGGGUACAGCGUGCCGCAGGGCCAGUUCGAAUACGACACGAGCUACAGCGGUGCAACGAGAGGCUUCCGCGACUGAAGAGCGGCCUUGAACUGCCGACGCGCAUCCGAACUUCGAUCGGCCUUGCGGAGGCUUGCUCGACUUUUACUUCACAAGGACCUUUGCAACCCCUCCUUCCUCUUUUUUUUUUCUUUCCCCCUGUCUCGCCCAGCAGUCCGCGAGUUGGAAAGCUUGGAUUUGCGACGAUUGUGUAUGGAUAUGACGGAUUGAAUGUGAUCGUAUUGGAAAGUGCUUCGAUUCACGUUUUGGUCAAUGGUGUUUUUUUUUUCUUUUUGGUGCAAUGAUACGAUCGGGCUCGACAUGGCGAUGGCGGGCUCAAACUGGGAAGAAUUGGAAGUACUUUUAAAAGUAAAGAGCAAGACAGAUAUCCGAGUACGAGCAAUUAAUCCAUUCCGCUGAAAACGGCGACUUCACAUA